AUGAAGAUGAUCCUGCUGAGGUCCCAGGUGGUGUGGAUGCAGGCCUGGUACAUCAUCACGGAAGCGCAUCAGUGCAAGCGCAUAUGCAACCUUGAAUCUCGAUGGGUCAUGAUGUCUGAUUCGAACAUUCUGAUCAGGACCAGAUGUCCUUGGGUACUCCCCAGUGAGCACAGACCUUCAAGUAGUCGAGGUGCAAUUGCUGGGGGUGCUGCGAUGGCACAUGAUGGGGAGGUGCAUGCUGGAGAGGCAAAUGCUGGGGAGGUGCAUGGUGGAGAGGCAAGUGCUGGGGAGGUGUGUGCUGGAGAGGCAAGUGCUGGGGAUGCGCAUGCUGGGGAGGCAGUAAGGAAGGUAUACAUGUGGGACAGCACAUGUUGA